AUGUCGCUAGUUUCCCUGUUCUACCUAUUCAUCUGCAUUCAAGCCCUAGUGAUCCAACAGGUCUUUGCAGCAGCAACUUUCCGUCCAAUCCCAGAGGGUGGAAUCUGCUUCACGGUGACAUCUCCUUCUGAUGGCUCCACAGAUUUGGCCUGCAUCACUUAUCAUGGCUCUGUCACUCCACCACCAUCACUGGUUCUUGAAAAUGGAACCGUCCGGCAAUUUGGAGAGUAUGCACAGUACUAUCAGUGGAACAAGGGAUAUCCAAACAACAAUACUGCCAUGCAAAACGAGCCAAUCGGUUAUGUAAGAGUCGGGUUUACAUAUGAAGGCCCCGAACACUGCAUUGUAAAGGUUGAUGGAACUGCCUGUUGCAGCUGUAGUUCCUGCUUGGAUUCCAAUGGAACAACAGUGGGAAUGAAAGCGGACUGCACCAACGUUCCCAAUGGCAGGCUGGUCGAGAGGUGUGAGCCCGUGGCCAAUUUCUUUCCCUUUGAUUUGGGUUUGGGGGAUACAUCCAUGAAGGAAUGCAAUGUGGACGAACCAUUGUUCUUGGGUCCCACACAUUUCCAAGUGGAACAGGACGAUUCCGGUGCAGCCAUGGAAGACUCAAGCGACGGUGAUGGCUCUCCUUCGUCGUUUGGUUCUGUCGAAACCAGUGGCGUACUCGACAGGGGAUCAAUUCGUGGUUGUGCCUUGAUGUCUUCUAUCAUUAUCGUCUUGUUGACAGCAAGCUUGUAA